UGUAUUAGGUUUGGGGUUUUGACUACAAUCUCUCUCUCGCUCUCUCUCUCUGCUUGCAAUGUGUGUGAUUUGGUUUUGACAGUGCCAGAGGGGCUGACACCAAUCUUACACUCUUUCUCUCUGCGCCUUCUCAGCUUCUCUUCUUCCCUCUCGCUUCUCUGUCAUUUUCCCUUCUCUAUCUCUCUCUAAAGUUUCAAUUUUUGUUUAUGCAUUUUCUGAUCUCUCUUUCUCUCUCUCUCUUUCUAGUUGUGUCUCUAUCUGGGUCUGCUUCUGUCUUUAUUAGAAACAAACACGAACGGGAAUCUCUGCUAUCUUUUCUCAGAUUUCUAUCACGACCUGUGCUGGUGACUCGGUGUUAAUGGAUUGGAGUUCCAAUGGUGAUCAAAAUUGGUACUGUGGUAAUUUUGAUGCGGCAAGAGACUGCAUUUUUGGAUUCGAAGUGAUAUAGAUAAAUUCUGCGGUAUAUUCCAAAGGGUGUUCAAGGAUUUUUGUAAUCCUUGUAAAUAAACUAGCUUCUUGGUUUUUGCAUGGAAACUUGGGGCAAAAGUUGAAGUCUAAUCUUCACAGUGAUCAUCGCAAUGGGCGGGCUUUGCUCGAGGAGUUCGACUGUAGAUAAUGCUCCCAGUGGAGGCUUUCCGCAUGUGAAUGGACAUUUUAAUGCCUCAGGCUUGGUUUAUCAGUCUCGUGAAUUGAAAAUAAGUAGCAAUACGACUACAUCUCCAGUAGGGGAGAAUGUGGAAAAUAAGCAAGUAAGAGAACCCUUUUCAUUUCCAGAGGUAAAUGCAGUUCCUUCGUAUGGGAUGAGUGCGGAUGAUAUUGAUGAUGGCAUUCCUCGUUUGUCAAGGGCUCUAUCAAAUAAAUCUAGAUCAACCAAGUCUAAGCAGGCAGCUGUUGCAAAGGUUUCAGAAGUGAGCUCACUUUUGGGCAGAGCUGGGACUGCUGGGCUUGGGAAGGCAGUGGAAGUGUUGGACACACUUGGGAGUAGCAUGACGAAUUUAAAUCUCAGCAGUGGUUUUACCUCGGGAGUGACAACAAAAGGGAAUAAAAUUUCAAUUUUGGCGUUUGAAGUUGCUAAUACAAUUGUUAAGGGUUUCAAUCUGAUGCAGUCCCUUUCAAAAGAAAAUAUUAAGCAUCUAAAAGAGGUUGUGCUUCCCUCGGAAGGGGUGCAAAAUUUAAUAUCAAGAGAUAUGGAAGAACUCUUGAGAAUUGCUGCUGCUGACAAGAGAGAAGAAUUGAAAGUUUUUUCUGGAGAAGUGGUGCGUUUUGGAAAUCGUUGCAAAGAUCCUCAAUGGCACAACUUGGAGCGAUACUUUGAAAAGUUGGGUUCAGAGCUCACACCUGAAAAGCAAUUGAAGGAAGAAGCAGAUAUGAUGAUGCUGCAAUUGAUGACUUUUGUUCAAUAUACAGCUGAAUUAUAUCAUGAAAUGCAUGCCUUGGACAGAUUCGAACAAGAUUACCGACGUAAGCUUCAAGAAGAUGAUAACUCAAAUGUUGCUCAAAGAGGUGACAGCCUUGCAAUUUUGAGGGCAGAGUUAAAGUCUCAGAGGAAGCAUGUAAAAAGUUUGAAGAAGAAAUCACUUUGGUCCAGGAUUUUGGAAGAGGUAAUGGAGAAGCUGGUAGAUAUUGUCCAUUUCUUGCAUUUGGAGAUCCAUCAAGCUUUUGGUAGUGCUGAUGAUGAUAGACCAGUAAAAGGUUCCAGCUGUCAGAAAAAAUUGGGCUCUGCAGGUCUUGCUUUGCAUUACGCAAAUAUUAUCACUCAAAUUGACACGCUGGUGUCUCGAUCAAGUUCUGUACCUCCAAAUACAAGGGAUUCUUUAUAUCAAGGGCUUCCUCCCAAUGUCAAAUCUGCCUUCCGCUCAAAAUUACAAUCCUUCCAUGUAAAGGAAGAGCUAACAGUCGCACAAAUCAAAGCUGAAAUGGAGAAAACUCUGCAGUGGCUUGUUCCAAUUGCUGCAAACACAACCAAAGCUCAUCAUGGAUUCGGUUGGGUUGGAGAAUGGGCAAAUACGGGGUCGGAGGUGACCAGGAAACCUGCUGGACAGACCGACUUGCUCAGAAUCGAGACACUGCACCAUGCAGAUAAAGAGAAGACUGAAGCUUACAUUCUUGAAUUGGUAGUUUGGCUUCACCAUCUUGUCAGCCAAGCAAGGGCUAGCAAUGGUGGAAUAAGAUCUCCAGUUAAAUCACCAAUUCGGUCGCCUAAUCAGAAAAUGAUUCAGUUAUCUACCAACAAGUCAAGCUCUCCAUCCCCAAUGCUGACAAUUGAAGAUCAAGAGAUGCUCCGAGACGUAAGCAAGAGGAAGAAGACACCUGGGAUAAGCAAGAGUCAGGAAUUUGACACUGCAAAAACAAGAUUGAGCAAACAUCAUAGGCUGAGCAAGAGUAGUAGCCAUUCUCCCAUUAAUGAAAGUAGAAAAGAUCCUUUCCCUAUAAGGAGGCCUUCAUCUGUUCCUGUUAUCGACUUCGAUAUAGACCGAAUCAAAGCUUUGGAUGUUAUCGAUCGAGUCGACACGAUUAGAAGUUUAUGAUUGUAUCAGAAUAGGCAGUGAUGAAAAUCUAGGCAAAUAAAGAGGCCUGUUCUUGUGAAGGAGGAUUCCAUCUGAUACAAUUUUUGCUUUGGUUCUAGUGGGAGGAGUCUGUUGCUAGGCUUAUGAUGAGUGAUGCAAGUCUUUGGUUUUCUUUUUUUUUUGCUUGUGAGAGUUUAAUUUUUCUAGAAAAUCAGGCCAUAGUUUCUGCUUAGUUAUGUGUACAGAAUAUUUUCAACUAUUUUAUAAUAAUUUAAAGUUCAUUUUUUCCCA